GCAUGAAUCAGAAAUUCACUGAUUCCAAAUUGUCCAGGAUGCGUCAACCAAGAAAAGAGAAACUCAUUACUUUUACUGCACUUCGUGACCUGGAUCCAGAUUAUAUCUCAAAGAAGACAAACUGGAAGUGUGAUCUGAGGCCAGGGAGGGGAGGGCCCGCUGUCAAGCAUCAGGGGAUAAACGUCGCCUGUCGGUUGUGAAAAACGAGACUUUCUGAUUCCAGCACAACCUCUGUGAAGAGUUCCCAAACUCAUCUGGAAAGGUUCCCUGGUUCUCUGGUUCAUCUACUGCCAGCCGUCGCACAGAGUGCAGCCCCACAGAGAGGCACCAUGCUGGGAUUGGACGUGUGUGAGUUCGGGGGUCAGGUGCUGGAGCUGCUGUGGCUAACUAUGUGCUACAGAGGUCUGAUGGCUGACAAGAAGGAUUUGGCCAUCGAAGAGGAAGAGGAUGAAAGAAACCUCAACUACAAUCCUCCGGCUCAGAAGUCUUUGCAGGAGAUUCAGGAACUGGACAAAGAUGACGAGAGUCUGGUCAAGUACAAGCAGACCCUGCUGGGGACGGGACCAUUGUCAACAGAUCCUUCUGGGCCUAAUGUCUGCGUGACCAGGCUCACCCUGUUAUGUGAUGAUGCUCCUGGCCCAAUCACCAUGGACCUGACAGGAGACCUGAGCGCUCUGAAGGAGAAGAGCUUCUCCUUACAGGAGGGAGCAAAAUACAGACUAAAGAUACACUUUAAGGUGAACAAAGAAAUCGUUGCUGGCUUGAGGUACCAUCAUGUGACCUACAGAAAAGGAAUGAGAGUGGACAAGGUGUCGUACAUGGUGGGAAGUUACGGCCCAAGGGUGGAGGAGCACGAGUUUCUAAGUCCAGGUGAUGAGGCACCCAAAGGCAUGAUGUCACGUGGCCACUAUCAGAUCAAGUCCCGCUUCAUUGAUGACGACAAGAACAUCUACUUGGCCUGGGAGUGGAACCUCGACAUCAAGAAGGACUGGAAUGAAUAGAGACAGAGAGAGAGGGAUGAUGCCUCUCUCUUCCUCUUUCACUCCUAUUCUUCACCUCCCUCUCUUCCUUCCCCUCUUUAACCCACCUCCACGUUGUCCUGUGAGAGCAGCCUUUGCACUGGCCAAAACAGGAGGCUCUGCUUCUCCUCCUCCUCCUCCUCCUCAUUCUCCUCUUCUACGUUUUCUUCCUUGUCUGUUUAAUGCAGGUGUCCUGAAACCUGUGAGCAACUGGGACUUUUUUAGAGGAGAGAAUCCCCCCUCUCUCUGCCUUUCAUCCCUGCAUUAUAUCUACAUCUAUAACCCAUUCAUCCCAAGAUAUCCACAUGAUGGAGUCUCCCUUUCCUUUUAAUUUCCAUCUCCUUUCUCCCAUCCUUCCUUCUCAUCCUGUCAUGUAUUCAUACCUUCACACAGCAGCAGUGGAUGGUCUGCAAAAGCAGGUGAUUAAAGGAAGUCAGUUGAGGCACAAAGGGAAAUACAAUAUAUACAUAGCAAAGUCCUUGAAUGACUUGUUACAGCUGGAGUGAAAUACAUGCAUCAGUAAGCCGCAGAAGCUGCUGUUGUAGUUGUUUUCAGUAGCCUGUAAGAUUCCUGCAUUAUUAUUAAUAUUGUAAAGUCAUGAUAUACUGCAACAUUGUUCAGUUUACUGAGACAAGACGCACUGAACUGUGUGCAGUACACUUAAAAACAUUCAAUAUCUGUCAAACAGACUUUCCCAGAAAGAAGAGAUGGUACAGUAUAUAUGAAUGCAGGGUGCAUUAUGAUGCUCAGCAGGAAUUCUGGAUUCACACUUCAGAUCCUUUGAUAAAAAGUUUACCAGUAAAAGAGCGCUGAAGAGGGGUCGUAGAGGGAGAGACACGAGGCAAAGAUACUGUGUGAGGUUGUGUUCUGAAAGCAACAGGGAGUUAGUUAUUGUACCUUGGAUCACUGAUUUAUCCUGCUCAUCAACACGGUGAGCAGUUGGAGCUGCAGCAGAGGCUGCGACACACCGCUCACUGAGGCAUUUAAGGGAGUUUAAACCCCUUAGCACGAUUUCCGACGUAAAUUUCACGUCGAAAAACCCUCCUUCACUGAUGCAUAGCUCAGUCAAAUCUGAACGCACAGACGUGAUACACAUAUUUUUAGAUUCAGUGUGGCUCACACUUCCCAAGGAUAUCAUGAUCCCCGAUAUCCAUCGCAUACGAAUGUCCAUAAAUCCAAUUACAAAUUGUAGAAAAGACGCUCCAGUAGUUGUAGUAGCUGUAGUUCCAGAACUUAGAGCAUGAUUAUCCCCCACAUAGAGUGGCAAAAACCACGUCUCAGCUUUGUCUAAGGUGGAGCCCAUGGUGUCAGACUUUGAAAACUCCUGGUUUAGAAUAUGUAAGGAAGAGUGAAUAUGUUUUUUGGGAGUCUGAAAUGUAACUUUACGUGUCGGUAAGCUCAUGUAUUUUCUUUAUGUAUUUCUUUAGAUACAGCAUAUCUUUUUAUUCCAACCCAUAGGGUAUUCGUUUGUUGGCCGAUUAAGGGAUGAGGCUCGGGCUUGCUAUUUCAAGGAUUUUUGAACAUGUUUUCUUUUAUGUUUUCUCUUACUCUGGAUUUUUGUUUUUCCCCCCAUGAGUCUGCCUUUUUCAAGGCAAAUCAAACACAUAUGUAUUUUUUACAUCAGUAUACAACAUCAACUACAGUUCUGAUACAAUAUGUGAAUUAAUCUUUAAACUCUUCCAUAAAAUAACCCUCUAAAUUAACCACAUUUUGUAUUUUCCAUUAGUAUACUGGGAUGAAAAGAUAAACAAUUCAGAUUCACCUCUUCUCCCAAUGUCCUCUACAUGCAUAAGAUCUUGGACCUGCGAUUUAUCAAACUUUUUUUUUUUUUUUAAAGUUGUGUUUCAAAGCACCAGUUUUCUCGAGUCUUUGUGGAGCUUUUUGAAAGAGCAGACCAAUUAAAGACUGUAACUGUUUUGUGUAUAUUGUAGAAAGAGAUGCAUGUGUGUCCUUUAGGAUUUGAUACUAUUCACUCAGUAAAACUAAACAAAAUUAGCCCUUUCUAAACCUCUCUCAUAUACCAAGGACACAAGAUGUGAAUAAAAAUCUGCUUUGAACAUUUUAAUGAAAGAUUGUACGGAGGUAGCUGGGAGACAAUGGAGUACUGUCAGAGAAGUAUGUCAAGGGAUGAAUUAAUUCCCCUUAAAAAAUUAAAAAAUAUCAUUAUUGUGUUAAGUCUUUGGAUAUGAUGCUGUCAUUGUUGCUGAACAUAUUGAACAUUGAAAUACCAUUUGAAAUCGUUGUGAUCUAAGACUAACUGUAAAUGUUGGCUUGUUGGGUGUUGCAUGGUUUAACAAGAUUCUCUGUUCCUUUUUUACAACUUUAUUGUAAAAUUUAAUGUGAUUUAAAAAAAAAGAUACUAAUGCAAUAUCCAGAUGUCAAUGGUUGCCAGAUACUGCAGAUACAGUAUUUACAGGGAUAUUUUUAAGGGCGCAGAUAGCUGGAAAAUUCUGUCUGUGUCUCGUGCCCCCAGCCUGUAACAAUCAAGUGCUGCAUCUUCAAAUAUUGGUGUCAAAUCUAGUAUCCUGUA